AUGGGCACAACUGGAUCGCAUCCGGACAUUUACAAUAAUUCAAAUGAACUACAAAGCUGUCGUCAGAUGCGUUAUAUACGGCGCAGCGUGCCCAAGAAAUAUUCGCUGCCUGCCCAUUUAAGCUGCUACCCAGGCACUAAACAAAAAUUUUUCCCGCCGCCAAUUCUGCAUACAAAAUUUCAUGAGCUUGGUGAAAAUGUGCUGGACAUUGCUUCUGAUACAGUUAAUUUCGACAAAUUUUUGAAGCAGAGUGCUGAUGAUGGUGAUAAAGAACAGAGGCGUGUCCUCUUCCGGAAAAGUACUGUUGAUGAUAGCGCCUUUCGGAAGAUUUCUGAAAUUCCGACAAAAAGUGAGAAAAAGCUUUCGUUUUCACCAAUGUUGGAUGUCUCACUGCCAGACAAAUCAUCACCAACAGAGUCCGGAUGGAGGAAGGUUGCUGCUAAAGUUUCAUCGACGUCCAGUGUAUCAUCCGGAGUUGGUUCCGUGUCUGAGGAAGACGCGGAAAUUGAUGCUGAAGCAGUUGAGGAAAAGAAACCUAUGCAAAGUGAGGAAAUUGGCGUAGAGCACGAAAAUGAAGCCCAGAAAGUGGUUGAGCAAACACCUGUGCCGUUGUCCUCUGACACUCACAUUCCACGCCGUUCCCUAGAUUCGGGCACAAGCUUUGAAGAAGAAGAUGCGAAAAGUGCUGCUGUUGGCGAUUUUGAAACAGUAUUUGAAGAGCAUGAAAAUGCGGAUGGUGACCUUAGUGUCGAUGAAGCGCAGAAAACAGAGUCUCGAAAAAAACGGGCGUCACGGUCGAAGAAAAAUAGCCACAAGUAUUCGCUGGCGAAGUCCUUCCAAAAAAUGCGUAAGCGAGCCGUCUCUUUACCGUCUACUUAUGUUGGGAAUUUAUUAAAAAAAAAAAUUCACAAAAAACGUACAACCAGCAACAAAACAUAUGUUCUUUGCCCAUCUUUUGACUUAAUAACCAAUUUGGCUUUUGCUUUUCAAAUGUUGCAAGGCUUAACAAAAGAGGAUUCAUGCGACGCGAACCCAUUUGGCGGUGUACAUAUUGGUUUCUUCCUGCAAACUGUCUUCUUUUCGACGUUGACUUUGGGCUAG